GAAACAAGGGAGAGUAGCUAAGUUUCAGCGGUAUACGUUCGACGGAUUAGUAGACGGUAGUAGCCUAGAGUAGAGGAUAUACACAACUAGGGAGGCGGCACGCAGCUCCCUGGCGAGUGCUCGGUCAGUGCUCCGGUCCCAUUCUAAGUAUUCGGCCUGAAUACUUGCUCGAAAUUUUAAGUGCUCGGGGCAUUUCAGAAGGGUUCUAGUAUAUAAAGCCCAGCGGUUCGGGUACCGUAUACAUGUACCCUGUAUCUUUCUGGUCAACGAGCGCGGCCCGGCAUGCAAUACUGCGAUGCUGCGCGCACAGGUAUGUGAUUGAACCAAAAAAUACGCCCGCUAAUCUUUGGUUUCACAGAUGAUUUCGUGGCUUCAAGGGCACAUCCAGCUUCCGGGAUACGAUGUAGGUUUGUGGUCAGUCGAGCACGAAGAAAAAGCCGCAGCCUUCCUGAAUAAUCCACGACUAUGUCAGCUUUUGUGCUACAUGUCGAACGGCAAGCUGCACUUCUCAGCGACUCUUGACACAGAAGCAACAUCUUGCGAGAAGCUUUACUACUUCAUUCGCUCCGAGGAAAUAAGAUUGAACAAUAUCGACAUGUCAAUCCAUCAUGGAAUGUUGUCGCGCGGGACGGCUAUGCAGUCGCUACUUGAGGCAAUGGGACAAGUCUUUGGCCCACAAUUAUUUGAAUCCAGCACCUGGCCCGAGAGUGUAAAAAGGGAUCUAUCUGGUCAUGUGCACAGGUUCAUGGGUUCACUUACCGAAUCUACUUUUGCAGCCUCCAGAAAAACGGUUCUUUACUUGCCAUCUGGAAAGUUCCUUCCAAGUGUACCUACUGCUGCAAAAAACAAGGAGUUAGUGCAACAAUUGGAAUCCAUUGUAAUCAAUUGGACUCGUCAAAUCAAAGGGGUGGUGAAUAGCCAGGAUAGUCAUUAUCAUACUGAGGUGUCGGGUCCACUCGAGGAAAUUGAAUUCUGGUGCACACGCAAGGAAGAUCUCUGUGGAAUAUUACAGCAACUUCAAAGAGCAGAUGUCUGCCGUGUUGUUUGCGUUCUUGAGGCGUCAAAGUCCUCAUACCUGGCGCGUUUCCUAUCCCUCGCUAGGAGGAUCCAUGAGAACUCCGUCGAAGCAAAUGAUAAUGUAAACUUUCUCAAGAACCUUGUCACGUCUUGCAAGAUCCUUGCAAGCGCUGAUCCCGCUCGUAAGUGGCGAGCCUUCUUGUCGUUUGGGCGAUCUUUUUGUUAGGCAUAUGCUGCAUUCUUCCUGAGCUUCUCGGGCACAUUCGCAUGAUAUGGACCUUGUCUGGUAUCUACCUCUCUGUCAACUGCUUUACGUAUUGGAACCUAAGUUCCUCAUUUAUUGAUGCUGAUAGGUUAUUAUAACAACAAGUAUCCUGAGCGUCUUGCCAGUUUGCUACGCAAAAUUUCACAUGAAAUAAUUUCCCGUUGCCGCACACGAGUAUCACUGAGUGAUAUCUUGUAUGCGGACAGCAUUAACAUUAAGGCUUCUAUGGUUCUACUGACGGUGUCCCUCCGACCGUUGCAUUUUUUACAUCACGAUGCUGUCCUCAGGUUGCGCUAAAAGAGUCGAUUCAGUGUGGUGUUCUGUGGAAAUGCCUGUACUAUCGCACUGCCGCCGCCAUUCGUCUUGCCUAUCCAAGCUCGCCGGAGCUGCACUGGACGUUUGAUGCAACGUCUAUUUUUGCACAAACUGAUGCCUUUGUCCAGAGAUGCCGUGACCUUUUAGAAGUCUGCGAGGGUCAGAUUCAGUUUCGGCGCAAGUCAUACACCACGGCGGGGGAUAACUCUGUUUCGUUUUUUAAGGGCUUGCGUGGUCAGGAAGUUACUAAGUCGCUCGUCGCAAUUCAGAACCAAUUUGAUAAUCAGAUAAGCCGUUUAUGUGACCUCAAGUACCAGAUUCUUGACGUAAGACUUAGCCAUUGGCACGAAGACUUUAACAUCUUCAAGAACUCGGUCAAGGACCUUGAAGUCAUGUACACGAACAUGAUAAGCGCGUCAUUUGAAGGAGUCAAUUGUAUGGCUGAGGCAGUUGGAGUACUCCAAAUUUUCCAAUCACUUGCCAAGCGAGAUGCAAUUAAGCGCUGCGUGGAAAAAAAAAACAGCGAUUUGUAUCUUCUUUUUAUUCAUGAUGUAGAAGAGGUUCGCCGUGAAUUUGAUGAAAAUCGCAGAGCACCACCUCUGCGCAACGAUGAGCCGCGCUGGGCAGGAUCUGCCCUAUGGGCUACGGCUCUGGCACAAAACGUAGAACACUCGUGGUCUCUCCUCCAAGCCGCAACGUGCUGCCUGUGACUUUUAUAGCGCCCAGUUAUAUUUGAAAUUUGGCUUUCUCAGGUAUUUCAUGCCUACAAGCGAAACUAAAGAAGCAGAAAUCGCCUACAAGGCAUUGAUGGGCGUAGUGGACGAGUAUAUGGCUGGUUGUUACAAGAACUGGGUUGGUUCUAUGGGGGCACUGGACUCUUCAACAUUGCAAGCAAAACUUGACAAGCCCCUGAUGAAAAGAACUAACCACACGGACACCACAGAAAGAGAAUUUCUCGCAGUCUCUACUUUUAAUGUCAAAGGAGUCUUUCUACAGUGCAACUUUGACCAGGAUUUGCUUGCUCUGUUCACGGAGGUGCAAUACUGGGAAAAGUUUCACGGUGAGUUUUCAAUUCCAUACCACGCCCAUGAUCUCUAUAAUCAAAAAGCAAAGUUUAAUGCAAUGCGUGAACAUGUAAUGCGGAUUGUAGAUGCUUAUAACAAGAUCCUGUGUGAUCUAAGUGCUGUAGAACGUCGCUUGUUUUCAGAUCACAUCCGCAAACUCGAUAAACGCAUUAAUCAGGGGCUACAGAAAUUGACUUGGGUGAGCAAGGGUAUUAUUGAGCACUAUGUCAACGAUUGUUGUGCUCAUUGCGCUGAAAUAUAUGCAAUCGUGCGUCGUUUUAAGGAAGGAAAGCAAAGAAUAUCGCAUCAGUGCCGGCUUGCAUCCUCCAUGCUCCUUUUGCAAAUAGACAAGAAUGUUACUUAUGCUCAUGACAUUUUUGAGGCAACGCAAGCUGCUCGCAGGACCGAAAUGAAACGACGCUUGCAACAAAGUCAUGAGAUUACCCAAUUGGAACUGCGUGCAAUAUUCACGAAUUUCUGUGAUGGCACCUCAGAAGUGCUACGUGAGUGGCGCGAGUUUGUCAAGGAAAUAGACAGCCAGGUCGAAGCAGCCUUGAGACAGGCGGUCAAGAGGAGUCUUCAAGCGCUCAGUCGUGCUAUCAAUGGUGAUGCCAUGUCAGAACCGCAGACUCUAUUUUGUCUCAAAUUAGUGCUCGAAAAUGGUCGCAUUGACUACAAACCAACCAUGAUAAGCUUGACCCAUCUUGUUAACAUAGUCGCCAAAGAGCUCAUUUCUACUAUUGCUGUAGUUCCGCGGCUUUGCGACAUCCUUUCGCCUGAGACAGUGAAGCAGUCUUCUGUUGCUAAUGACAGAAGUGACUGUAGUGCUCUGACCAAACGCCAUCGGUCGUUUUACUCUACCAUUUCAAAUGAUGAAGACAUGCUUAAAAUAGUUGUUCAAAUCAUGAAUGGAAUGUCCUUGGCUGCCACUGAACUUCAAAGGCACCUAGGGUCUUAUAUCCGGUGUCGAUCAAUACUAAGAGAUUCACCUUGAGCGAUUAUUUGUUAUUGUAUGUGACUCAAUUUUCCGUCGCAGCUACUGGGAAAGGUACAAAACACUGUGGGAAAUGGACAAAGAGGCAUACAUUCGUCGCUAUGCGAAGGCAAACAGGAGUCUAAAACACUACGACGAUGAUGUCACCAAAUACAGAAACCAGCAAACCAAGAUUGAACACGAAGAUAUAUCCCACGUAGUAAACUUCGUACAACUUGACUGUGCCCUUUUGAAGGAACAAUUGAUCUCACACUGUCAGCAAUGGCGAAGGAAUCUGCUUGGAUUGCUCAACAAAAAUGCCUCUCAAGGGCUCGAGUAUCUCCAUAACCUUUUUGCUGACAACACGCGCACCCUGUGCGCAACACCGUCUGAUCUGAACGAGCUUUCUGAUAAGCUAAGGAUCCUGCUAGAUUUUCGCAGCAAUAGCCAAGUGAUUGAGACAAAAAUCCUUCCGAUUGAAGAAAUGUAGCUGCUUUCUAUCUUUCCUUGAAGAUUGCCUUGUCCAAUACAUGCAAAAAGAGCUUAAGUCGUUUCCAACUCAGGUAUGCAACCCUGACUAAGUUUGAUGUUCAAGUUGCCUCUAACGAGAUUGUCAAGCUGCAGGAACUUCGGCCCGCUUGGAAGGAGUUCUUGUCCAUGCUUGACAAGGCACAGCAUGCACUAGACAAAGCCAAGGUCAACAUGAGGCGAGAUCUUGAAAGCAACCUUGAAGCCUACUGCCAGCAAGUGCUGCAGUUGCGAGAACAAGUCCUUAUCGAAAUUCCAACGUCCCAGGAGUUGACCCCAGACGAGGCUUUUGCUGUGAUACACGACUUUAGACACCGUGUUGAAGCAGUCUACCUGCGGAAGCAUGACCUUCAAGCAGGGCUUGAUAUUUUCAAUAUGGAAUCCCCUGAGCACAGAGAGUUAAAGGACACAGAACGGGAUCUGGAACUUGCUAAUCAAAUUUGGAUCCUGGUGCGCGAUUGGACUCGGGCUUUUGACAACUGGAAGACUGGCCGCUUUGAUGAACUCGAUAUCAGCGAGAUGGAAACAGUAGCAGGACAAUUCAAUAAGAAAGUGGGUAAGCUUGGUCGCGAUGUAAAGCGCUGGGGAAUCUGGGAGGCGAUGCGCACAAAGCUGACCGAGUUCCUCCAGACCAUGCCUCUUAUCCAGGAUCUCAGGAACCCUGCAAUGCGAUCACGCCACUGGGACGCAUUAAAGCGAGACCUACGACGCAACUUUGACGAAACGAGCGCAGAGUUUACUUUGGAAACUGUGUUUUCUAUUGGACUGAGUGCAGUGCCUGAUCUUAUCUCCGAGCUUAGCGCGAACGCAAAUAAAGAGCUUGCAAUCGAAGAGACUCUCAAAGAGAUUGAAACACGGUGGGGGGAGAUUGACAUAGACAUCAGUGCUUACAAGGAGGAGUACUUCAAAAUUCGUAGCACUGAUGAUCUAUUCCAAGUAUUGGAAGAUGAUGCCGUCGCCCUGUCUACGAUGAAAGCGUCUAAAUUUUAUGGAUCAUUCAAGUCCCGGAUCGACAAAUGGGAAGGGGCGCUUGCGCUCGUGUCUGAGGUUAUAGAAUUGAUUCUCACUGUUCAACGAAAAUGGAUAUAUCUCGAGUCAAUUUUCAUGGCCUCCGAAGACAUCUGCAAACAACUACCAAAAGAAUCAUCAUUGUUCAUCGAGGUUAACGCGACGUUUGGUCACGUAAUGUCAAAUGCAGCUGAACAGCCUAAUGCUGUCAUUCAAUGCACUGCCACUGGCAUGCUCGAGACGGUCACUUGCAUGGAUGAUAAGCUCGAAACCAUCCAAAAGUCGCUUGACUCGUUCCCUACUUACCCUUUUCUCACCCAAGGGAACUGAGUCCUUUACUCAUCAGAUGAGUAGCCGAUUCUCGAUGCUUAUUGCAACAUAGGUACCUCGAGACAAAAAGGGACGUAUUCCCAAGGUCGCGUGGCAGUGUUGGAAACAUGACUUUGGUGCAACACCACACGGCAUGGCGGAGCUUGCCCGAGAGUGUGCCUUUCGUCGUGUGAAGUAUACUGUAACAUGCGGGUUCGAUUUUUAGGUUUUAUUUUGCACGUCCACCUAGUCUUGAUCAUUCAAGUAUUAUUAAACUCUGCCAAUUCAGCAAAUUUUGCAGGUUUCAGAUGACGACCUCUUGGAAAUCCUCGGCCAAAGCCGUGAGCCACUUCUGGUCCAGAAACAUAUCAAAAAAUGCUUUGAAGGCUUCAAGGUGAUGGACAUCAUCCCCCCUGGAAAGCAGCUCAAUCGUAACUUUGAAGUAAGCCUUUUUUUAUUAGGUUUUAUAGGUAUGCAGCAAGUUUGUCUUUAGGCGACUGGGAUGCGAGAAACGUCAACGGGGGAAACCGCAGCGUUUGUCUCGAAUGUCGUUUUAGACGGCGCAGUCGAAAAUUGGCUCGUCGAACUUGAGCAUGCAAUGAAAAAGUCAAUGCAACAGCUAUUGGCUGUUUCAAUCCAAGCUCACCGUGGCAAAGACAAGGAAAAAUGGAUCACGGACGUGCAAGGGCAGUUGCUCAUAACCACGGGCUCGAUUCAGUGGACCAAUGAUUGUUCAAAGGCACUGGGCAGCAUCUCGAAUGGAAAAAAAAACGCACUGAGACAACUCAAGAAAAAGCAGGUAGCCUAUUUGACCCGACUUACCGACAUGAUUCGCGGCCAACUCCCGAGGUUGGUCCGUACUAAGCUUGUUGCACUUAUUACCAUGGAAAUUCACAAUCGCGAUGUCAUGGAGCGUAUGAUUAAGGCUGGAUGCUCAUCAGUCACUGACUUUGACUGGCUAUGUCAGCUUCGAUUUCUGUUCAACAAGGAAGAAGGCCAGUUUGGCGGUAUCUGUACUGUGCGCCAGACAAACUGUAAUCUGGAUUAUGGCUACGAGUAUCAAGGAAACAAUGGUCGUCUGGUUGUCACUCCGCUCACAGACCGAUGUGUCCUGACCCUACUCACAGCCAAAUUUCUGAAUCGAGGAGGCAACCCUCUCGGUCCCGCGGGCACAGGGAAGACGGAGACCGUAAAGGAUCUAAGCAAGAACCUCGCCAUGUAUUGUGUUGUAAUCAAUUGCAGCGACGGCAGGGAGCCAGAGUCAAUACAAAAGGCGUAUUGGGGCUCAAAUAAUGACGUGUUUGUAUAUACUUGCCUUACUGACACGCAGGCAUGGACUUUAAGUCGGUCGGUCGUAUAUUUUCUGGCUUAUGCCAGGCUGGGGCUUGGGGGUGCUUCGACGAGUCAGCCGCGAGUAGAAAGAAUAGUUCAAGGUGCCUUUAAUAUAUAUCUUUGUGGUUUUACUCAUCUUUCAGUUUGGCCUUUUGGUCAACGUGUUUUGCAGAGAGGGGGGGGGGGGGGGGCGUCGUCGUCGAGAUGCAGUCGCAGCCUCAAUGGGGUAUUCAUCAGGUUCAACAGAAUAAAAAUUGAGGUGAUUUCGGUUGUCGCAAUGCAAGUACUUUCGAUCGUAGACGCAUUGUCCCGAGACGCAGAGACAUUUGAUUUUAUGGGAUCGACUAUCCGCUGCGAUGGAAAUUGUGGCCUCUUUAUAACCAUGAAUCCGGGAUACGCAGGACGCACCGAGCUACCUGAUAAUCUGAAAGCGUUGAUGCGCCCGGUGGCAAUGAUGGUACCAGACUUAGCAAUGAUAGCGGAGGUGAUGCUGAGUGCAGAAGGCUUCACAGAUGCCCGCAAUCUAUCAAAAAAAACGAUAACGCUCUAUUCUCUCAUGCAACAGCAGCUCAGCAAACAGGACCACUAUGACUAUGGAUUGAGGAACCUAAAAGCCGUGUUGAACAUGGCAGGUUCUAUCAAGCGCGCAGAUCCAUCGACAAAUGAGGAGGCAAUUCUCAUGCGCGCUUUGCGCGACAUGAACCUGCCAAAAUUUAUCAAGGACGAUGAACGUCUCUUUCGCUUACUUCUCGGCGAUCUUUUCCCUUCCCUUGAACUGCCGGUCACAGAGAUUGGAAAUCUCAACGCUGCACUCGAAUCAGAAUUAAAAUCCGCUGGUUUGCAGAUGCACCCUUUCCUUGUAUUCAAAAUUGGGCAACUUUACGACUCGAAGCUUACGAGACACUGUAACAUGCUUGUUGGUGCGACACUCUCAGGGAAAAGUACCGCUUGGAAAACAUUGGCAAAAGCCAAGACGGCGCUUGCCAAGGAAAACGUCACGGGCUAUUUGCCGGUAACUUCCUUUGUCAUAAAUCCUAAAGCAAUAACACUUACGGAACUGUAUGGAGCAUAUGACCUCACCACUUUUGAGUGGGCUGAUGGAAUAUUAUCUACUAUAUUCAAGUCGUGCGCGGAGUCAGAUAAAAAUGACGAGAAAUGGGUAAUGUUUGGUAAGUUUUUUCUUUUUUGCUUUGGCUAAUUGCCGUCAUAGAUGGGCCAGUCGAUGCCAUGUGGAUUGAAUCGAUGAACAGUGUCAUGGACGACAAUAAGAUCCUGACCCUGAUUAACGGGGACAGAAUUCCUCUCACUUCGUCGAUGAGUUUGUUAUUCGAGGUUGAAGAUCUAAGGGUCGCAUCUCCAGCCACUGUCUCGCGUGCUGGCAUGAUAUUUCUGGAUCAAAGCGAAAUGGGCUUUAAACCAUUCCUCGAGUCGUGGCUUGAACGUCUUUUUGGGACCCAGCCCGAGGUGCAAAAGCUGCACCAAAAUCUUCUUGGAAAAUAUGUUUCCAAAAUUCUCGAAUACAAGGCGUCGAGUUGCGUUGAGCCCGUCCCCAUUUCUGAUUUCAAUGCUAUUCUCUCUUUCACCCAGCUUUACGAAGCGUUGCACACCAAAGAGAACGGGCUAGAUGCGUCCGCAGACAUACAAGCGUACGGUCAAAUGGCGGAGAGGUGGUUUCUUUUUGCGCUCACGUGGUCUAUUACGGCCGCCGUGGACGAGACGGGACGCAAGAAGCUCGAUAUAUACCUCCGCGAUCUUGAAGCACAAUUUCCGCCUUCCCGUACCAUAUAUGAUUAUUUCUGUGAUCCCCAAAAAAAGGAUUUUGAGCAAUGGGAAAGUGGGUUGACAACCUGGCGUCCACGCAAAGGGGAUUCUUUUUUCAAAAUGAUAGUGCCAACGUCAGAUAGCCUGCGAAACUCAUUCAUCUUCAGGACCAUUGUUUCAUCCAAACACAAUUUGCUUGUUGUGGGCAAUACUGGCGUGGGUAAAACAGUUCAGGUGAUGGGCCUCAUGACGAAUUUGCCCGCAAAAAAUAGUAAGCUUGUAAUAAAUUUUUCUGCUACAACUAAAUCAAGUGCUCUCCAAGAUAUUGUAGAAAGUGUCAUGGAGAAACGCUCCAAAGACAAGCUCGGGCCAUUGGGUGGCAAGGAGUUACUCAUUUUUGCGCGAGACAGUGCCAACUCGUCACAGACAGAAAUUGUUGAGUAUUUAUCAAACUUACACAUGUUCUGGGGGGCACGUGUCCGUCUUGGAGGACUUUCUGUUGCUAAUAGGUCGACGACUUCAACAUGCCGCAGAAAACCUCAGCCGAGUCUCCGUUCCAACCACCCCUCGAGUUGCUGCGGCUCUGGAUGGACUAUGGCGGCUGGUACGACCGCUCUAAAUGCGCCUGGAAAUACAUUCUAGACAGUCAGCUAGUAGCAGCUAUGGCGCCACCAUCUGGGGGACGAGCGGUCAUCUGCAAUCGUACACAAGCACGUUUCCAUCUUGUAAACAUCACAACACCUGAAGACUCACAGCUCACGCGGAUAUUUGAAUCUAUCAUGAUGCCAAAGCUUCAGGAGUUUGACAAUGAAAUCAAGCCAAUGAGUCGGUCUCUAGCUCGAGCAACCAUUGGGCUGUACCGCAACGUCACCGAACGAUUCCUUCCAACUCCGGACAAGAGCCACUAUUUGUGACUUCGCAGCGUUGCGCUUACCAGAUGAAAGUUUGAUUUUUGCAUAUCAUAGGUUCAAUUUGCGUGAUGUAGUCUCUGUCCAAAAACGCCAGUCGGGCAACAAACUUCAUUUUUGAUACCUUAGGCGACGUCGCAAAGGUCAUUCAGGGAACACUCCAAGCCGAAAGACAGUACUUUGAUACUUCAAAGUCCAUGAUACGAUUGUGGACUCACGAGUGCAUGCGUGUUUUCGCUGAUAGAUUUCUCAAAGAUUCAGCAGACGACAUUGGAAAGUUCAUCGAAGCCAUGAGCCAGGUGAUGCGGGACCACUUUGAGGGUGCCGAAUGGGCUGAAGUUAUGGAGGAUAUCGAUGACGAACGCUAUGGUCCGAUUUUUUGCAGUUUUAUGAGCGAGACAACGGAAAUUCUGCCUUAUGAAGAAGUCGCCGAUUAUUCGCAACUCAAGCAAUGCUGCGAAGACAAACUGGAGGAUUAUAAUCUUGAGCCAAAACUGAUAAACAUGAAUCUCGUGCUUUUCAAAGACGCUAUUCGACACAUUUGCAGAAUUCACCGUGUUGAAGGCGAUGCCUCGACGGCACAGCGGCGUCAUUAUAUGGCCAAAAUUUAUUCAAGACGUCGCCUUUCUUUACCACGGUCUUGGUGUCGCAGGUAUCCUAAUGAUGCCUAGGGGCAACGCAAUGUUGGUUGGUGUCGGGGGAUCUGGACGCCAAUCAUUGGCUCGUCUCGCAUCUCAUAUUGCUGGAAUUGGCGUUUUUGUGAUCGAGAUUACGAAACAGUAUCGCUUGAUUGAGUGGCGUGAUGACAUGAAACGUCUUUUUGAAAUUACUGGCGUAUCAAACACGCCCACUGCCUUUCUCUUCAACGACACCCAGUUGAAAGAGCAAGCAUUUUUGGAGGAUAUCAACAAUAUUCUUAGUUCGGGCGAAAUACCUAGCCUGUAUGGUAAGGAUGAGUUACCAGCCAUUUACGAUGGCGUACGAAAACGAGCAGCUGAUGCAGAGUCGGGCGGAACUGCGGAAGAACUUUGGGCCUUCUUCGUUGACUCAAUUCGCUCGAAUUUACAUGUAAUCCUAGCCAUGUCCCCACCCCUGCGCCCGUAGUGAAACUAGACUCUGAUGACUCAUACUCUGUCGUGUCCACAGGUCCCCAGUUGGAUCCGCAUUUCACACCCGAUGUCGCUUUUAUCCAGGCCUAAUUAACAGCACUACCAUCGAUUGGUUUCACCGCUGGCCCGCAGACGCACUCACUGCGGUUGGCUCGGCGUUUCUUGACAAUUUGACUCUUGACUCUGAUGACACUCGGGCAAAAAUUUCCAGCGUAUUCUCUGUAAUUCACUUGAGUGCACAAGACUUUUCUGACAAAAUGCUUCAGCAACUCAAGCGUCAUAACUACAUUACCCCAACACAUUUCCUUGAGCUUUCAAAGGGCUAUCGCGUAAUCCUGACAGAGAAACGCACAGAACUCGGCAAUGGUAGAGAUAAAUUGGCCAACGGCCUGGCCAAAUUAGUUGAGGCACGCGAUGGCGUUGAAGUCAUGUCGGUGGAAUUGGAGAAAAAAAAAGUUGUGUGUGCCCAGUCACAAAAAGACUGCGAGAAUCUCCUAGUCGAGAUUGUGUCGGAGCGCCGCGUUGCUGACGAGCAGCGCAAGCAAGUAGAAGGAGACUCCGAGCGAAUAGGCUUCUCGACAGUGUCCAGAGUAUACUUUGGUGCUCUGCCCAAUGGCACUAGUGCAGAUGGUCAAAUUUACAGGUAAGGAGGAAAUUGAGUGUAAGGCAAUAGCAGAUGAUGCUGAGGCCGAACUAAAUGUCGCUUUGCCAGCGCUACAAAAGGCCAUGGCUGAAGUUGAGAAGCUUGAUAAAAGCGCCAUUUCUGAGAUUAAAGCAUACAAGAGCCCGCCAAAACAAGUGGAGACGGUGCUUGCCGCAGUGAUGAUACUCUUCGGAAAUAAGACUGAUUGGACCACUGCCAAGAAAGUCCUUGGUGAAGCCAAUUUCCUGCAGAGCAUUAAAGGCUACGACAAGGACAAUGUUAGUGCAACAAUCAUGAAAAAAAUUAAGGGGUAUGUUUCUCAUGCGGACUUUAAGCCAGAAGCAGUGGGUGCAGUUUCCAAGGCUGCGGGGGCUCUUUGCACUUGGGUACACGCAAUCUACAUCUACGCCAGUGUUGCAAAAGAGGUCGCUCCAAAAAGGGCAAGAUUAAAAGGUGCUCAAGAAUCCCUGGCGGUAAAGCAAGCUUCGUUGCAAAAAGCACAGGAGGAGCUCGCGGAAGUCACCGCUAAAGUCAAUCGACUGAAGCAGAAAUAUGAUGACUCAGUGGGUGAAAAAAACCGUCUUCGCGCCGAAGCAGAUCAGAUGGAAUUGUUACUAGAUCGUGCUGAUAAGCUCGUGAAAGGCUUGGCAGGCGAAAACGAGAGGUGGCGAGCCAGCAUUGGUCAGCUGCAAAAUGAAAUUGGUCGGUCUCUCGGGGAUGCGCUUGUUGCCGCAGCAUUUCUGUCCUACGCCGGCCCCUUUGACACCCAAUACCGCUCCAACCUUGUUCAACGCAAUCCUUCCUGGGGCUCGAGUGUCUUGUUACAAUUUGGCUGCAUUUUAAGUGCAACAAUUAGGUUGGUGGCUGGCUUUCGGCUGUAAGGGAACAACAACUACCAUCUACGGAGAAUUUUACUUUUGCAUCGUUUUGUGCCCUACCAACGGAUGUUCGACAAUGGAACAUUCAGGGGCUUCCAGCAGACAACUUCAGCACCGAAAAUGGAGCCAUAUCUGUUCGUUGUUCGAGGUGGCCGUUAAUGAUUGAUCCGUAAUUUUGGCAGUGUCCCUUCGUUGCUGGUGCCGCAUUGUCACCCUAAAUUUGAUAUCAUAGGCAAAACCAGGCAAAUAAAUGGGUGCGUAAAAUGGAGGAAUCGCAGUUGCACAUAGUGGAUCUCAAGUCCAAAGAUAUGCUACGCAAAAUAGAGAACGGAAUUGUCUAUGGACUACCGGUUCUGCUCCAGGACGUAUUAGAGGAGCUCGAUCCAGCUUUAGAACCUGUCCUCGCCAAGGCAUUGAUCAAGGUCGGAAACAGAGAGGUGCUACGAUUGGGUGACAAAGAAUUAGAUUAUAAUAAAGAAACUUUCAGUGUCUGCAGGGAGGCUUUUAUUUUUGGCAGAUAUUUGAAGGGGUCGAUUUCCUUUUCGUAGGACUUUAAAUUGUACAUCACAACCAAACUUGCAAACCCGUUCAGACUCAGCGUAAAAGCAAAGUUUAAAUUCCCCCCCGCCCUGUAACCGUCAUGUCUUUUUAGUCAUUAUACACCAGAAGUCUCCACAAAGACGACAAUAAUCAAUUUUGCGGUGAAACAGCAAGGCUUGGAAGCACAACUCCUCGGUAUCGUUGUGCAGAAAGAGCAACCUACGCUUGAGCGUCAAAAAGCAGACUUAACAUUGCGCGUUGCUGCCGGAAAACAAAAGCUGGUUGACCUAGAAGAUGAAAUUCUAAGGCUCCUCUCUGAGGCAGAGGGCAGUCUGCUAGAGAAUGAAACUCUGGUAGACACAUUGCAACAAUCAAAAUUGACUUCUGAUGAAGUAACUCGUCAACUCAAUGAAGCUGAAGAAACAGAGAUUAAGAUCGACGCCAAACGAGAGGAAUUCCGCCCUGCGGCAAUCCGAAGCUCCAUAGCAUAUUUUGUGCUAGACGACAUGGGUAGAGUCGACCCCAUGUACCAAUUUUCGCUUGAUGCCUAUGUUGAUCUCUUUAAUCAGUCUAUGGACAAAAGUCGCACUAGUCCAAAAAAUAUAACUGGUACUGAAAGAUGCAGGCAGAUAAAUGUUGCGCACACUCUUUCUGUCUAUCAGUACACCUGUCGUGGCCUUUUUGAGCGAGACAAACUCUUGUUUGCGUUGCAGCUAUGCUUGCGAAUCAUGACAAGCGAAAACAAGGUCCCAAAGCAGGAGUUUGAUUUUCUAUGUUACGGCGGAGCAGGGAUCGAGCGAGCCGAUCAACGGCCUAAUCCCUGCCCGGAAUGGAUAGAUGCAGGAGCAUGGGACAAUAUCACUGCGUUAGAUAGCAUCCCUGCUUGUAUGGGCAUCGCAUCAGCAUUUGAACAGGGGCAGCGCGACUGGCGGGCAUGGUUUACUUCGUCCGAGCCAGAAGAAACCCCCUUGCCAGGUAAGUCAACUUCCAAGAGGCAUAAUGGCAUCGACACUAAUCAGGCGACUGGGAAAACAAGGUAACGGAGAUGCAGCGAAUCUGCAUUAUUCGUGCGCUGCGGCUUGAUCGAGUACUAUUUUGCGCAAGUCGUUUUGUCAGAUUAAACUUGGGUCCGCAAUUCGCUGAUCCGCCCCCGUUUGACCUUAGGGCCAUUUUUCAAUCAUCCAAUCAUCGAACACCACUCAUAUUUGUGCUCUCCCCUGGCGUAGACCCAACAGCACAGGUCAAAUCUCUAGCAAACGAUCUUAGCACAAAUGUAGACAUAUGCGCCCUUGGGCAGGGACAAGCGCCGGUAGCAAUGAGCUUAAUGAAUCUGGGGCUUCGAAGCGGCUCGUGGGUAUUUCUUGCUAAUUGGUGCGUCGACUUGUGUUGUUCGUACCUCGAAUUCGCACUUAACUUUGUUAUAGUCACCUUAUGCUCAGUUGGAUGCCUGAGUUGGAAAAACGAAUCGCUGAGUACUGCGCGAUGACCGAAGACAUGCCACACGCACCACAUUGCGACUUUAGACUGUGGCUUUCGGCCAGCCCGAGUCCUAAAUUUCCGAUAGCCAUCUUACAGCGUGGCAUAAAAAUGACCACGGAACCUCCACGUGGGCUUCGAGCCAAUAUGCUUAAGCUAUACAAUCUAGUGGGCGAGGAACAAUUCGGAAGAUGCCAGCAGCGCUUAAAAUAUCAAAGAUUGCUCUUUUCGCUAUGCUGGUUCCACGCGCUCCUCCUAGAGCGACGCAAAUUCAAAAGCCUAGGCUUCAACGUACCAUACGAGUUCAAUGAAUCGGACUAUAGUAUCUGUCAUGAUCUAGUCAUUGUUUUCUUGGACGAAUAUCCAGAUGAAACACCGUCCAUGAACUUGAAUUGCCCAUUUGGCACUUGUGUUUUUUUUUCAAUAAUUUCUGGGGCGUGUUUUCAUUUCAACACAAAGAAAAUUAUUACACAGGUUCGAUGCGAUGCGGUACCUCAUUGCCGAAGCUAACUAUGGUGGUCGCGUCACUGACGCCAUGGAUCGACGACUUGUCAAUGUUUACAUAACCCAGCUAUUUUGUGAGCAGGCUAUCAGUCCCCAGACCGAGUUCAAUCUUGCGCCGCAACUGUCAGAUAGCCCGUACAUAAUUCCAAAUGAUGCAGAUCUAGCUAGCGCAAAGCUAGCCAUAAAAACAUUCCCUCAAUUAGACAACGCACUUGCAUUCGGUCAGCAUGCGAAUGCUGACAUCGCGUCGCAAAUAGAGGACUCAAGUACGCUACUUGACACGAUUGUCUCACUCCAACCGAAAGUAAUUGAUGCUGGGGGUGAAAGCAAGGAGCAAAAGAUUCUACGAAUUUGCCAUCUGAUGCAGGAGGAAGUGCCUCCAUCUUUUGAUGCUGCAGCUGUGAGAAGGGGUAUGGGGCCGAGGGCAGACCCUGAACCCAUGAAAACUGCCACCCAAAAAAUUUCCCUUAGGAUCCACAGAGCCUUAAUUAAAUCAUGCCUACAUUAUUUGUUGAUAAGCAAGUGGUGCGUAGGUGCUAUACCAGGAAGUAGAUAGAUACAACAUACUUUUGCUGACUUUGCAUCAGACACUGAAGGCCUCGGAACUAGGUGUUCAGGGUCUGGUGAUUGUGACGCCAGAGCUAGAAGAGAUAAUAGAAGCUGUGCUUGAGUUCAAAGUCGCUCCACCAGCGUCAAUCGCACGUUAGCCCGCUUGAAUUAUCGAAUGACAUAUAUACAGGUUCCCCGCGCAUGGUCAACGUGUUAUCCAAGCCUAAAACCGUUGACCCCCUGGAUGCGAGAUCUCGUAAUCCCUCCGCUUCUUCUCCUGAAGAAAGUGUCAAUCUAAUUUUAAUGUAAUUAUUGGUUAUUCGGCUGUAUCAUGUUGCCAUAGGUGUGUCGAAUAAGUGCCCUACAAAAAUGGAUCAAUGAGGCUCUCCCCCGAUGUUUUUGGCUGCCUGGCUUCACUUAUCCCACGGGUUUUCUGACCGCUGUCUUGCAAACUUCAGCUCGCAAAAAUGGCAUCGCAAUAGACUCUCUGAGCUGGGAGUUUCCCAUCAUAAACACCCCAGCUACGUCUAUUGCACAAUAUGCCAAGGAUGGUUCAUAUUGUCACGGGCUCUUCCUCGAAGGGGCUCGAUGGGAUUUAGACAACAGCUGCUUGACUGAGCCGAUACCAAUGGAGCUUUGUUGCUCUAUGCCCGUAAUUCACUUCAAGCCAGUUGACAAUAAAAAGAAAUCGAUUAAAGGCAUAUACUCUUGUCCGUUGUAUUUGUAUCCCUUAAGAACAGGAAGUCGCGAGCGACCGUCUUUCGUAAUUUCUUGUGAAGUCAGAUGCGGCGCUCAGGGCUCAGAGUAUUGGACGUUUGAAGCGGUGUCCAGGGACGAGCCCCUGGUCAUUUUCUUUCAAAGGCUAAAAAUAAUUGUGCGAGAUUCGUAGGUGUCGUGGCACUGCCAUGCUUCUUUCAACCAUGCACUGAUAUACAACCAGCGAAUUUUAUGCUUGAAUGGCAAGCGGUGAGGGUUAAAAAAAUCUGAUGGUGUAAGUUUUUUGGCGCAAGUCUUCGGGCCAGCGUCGACCCCCCCCGAGUGCGAUUCCGCCGGCGGGGCGUCCCCAAUGUGAAUGAACAUCCGGGUUGGCUCGGUUUCGCUGGCAGUCUAAUUUCAAACUAUAUAAACUAAUAUUUACUAACUUGAAGUACUACUAGUAGAACAUGAAGCACAAGGCGGUGUCGAACGAGGGCCGAUCCUGGUAGUACGUUCAAAGUUCAAGUCCAACUUGAAUCACUGGCACUGGUGCGUUCUUAUGCUGCGGCCCGCCCUUGUUUACCUGGGCCGGGUAGGUCGCCCGCCGCGCGUAGCGGUCUGGCUU